CGGUGUCGGUGUCACAUGAGGAGGCCGGUUGCGCCAUGCAGGAAGGGAGUGCGGAGGCGGGUGCAGGCGGGCUUUAAAAGCCCCAGCCGGGACAGGCUCGCCUCUGCGCUGGCUCUCAGCCACCCUGCCGUCCCCAUGGCCCCUGCUGUGCCGCUGGCCCUGCUGGCCGUGGGGCUGGGGCUGGGGCUGGCCCUGCCCGGCUGUGAUUACCCGACCCACCUCUGGUGCAGCUCACGGGAGAUCGCCGUCGCUUGCCAGGCAGAGAGCCGCUGUGCCAACCUCUCGCACCCGACAGCUGCUCCCGUGCAGCUGAGUCUGUACUAUGAGAGCCUGUGCCCGGCGUGCCGGGGCUUCCUGGUGCAGCAGCUCUUCACCACCUGGCUGCUGCUGCCCACCGAUGUCCUGAACAUCACUCUGGUGCCGUAUGGCAACGCUCAGGAGAAGAACGUCUCUGGGAAGUGGCAGUUCCAGUGUCAGCACGGCUCGGAGGAGUGUUUGGGCAACAUGCUGCAAGCCUGCCUGAUGCACGAGGCCGAGAACUUCACCACCUAUUUUCCUGUCAUCUUCUGCAUGGAGUCGGGCUCCUCCGCCACCAAGAACCUGAAGGCUUGCCUGCAGGUUUACGCCCCGCAGCUGGAUGCAGGCCGCAUCACCGCCUGUGCGCAGGGGGAUCUGGGGGCCGCCCUGAUGCACCGCAACGCCCAGCUGACGGACGCUCUCGACCCGCCGCACCAAUACGUCCCCUGGGUCGUCAUCAACGGGAAGCACACGGAUGAGCUGCAGGCAGAGGCCCAGAGCUCACUGCUGAGGCUGGUGUGCCAGCUGUACCAGGGGGACAAACCUGAGGCCUGCAAGGACACCGAGAGCCCGAAGGCCGGGGCUGUCUGCAGGCGCUGAGGCCGGGUCUGCAGGGCCGGAGUGGAUGCAGGCGGCGGGGAGCACCGCGCUGCGAGCGAGGAAUAAAGAGAAUAAUCGUGUAAGGAAA